UGCGAGAAUACGCUGCAACUUUCAUGGUUCAUAACACUGGUUCUUAACGCCUGGAUGCGCAAAUGUGGGUGUAUAUGGUAAUAAUUACUUGUGAAAUGCAAAUUCUUUUGAGCAUGGUCGACGAAGCAUUGAGCAAUAUACUUAGGCAACGUAAAGACAUGUAGUGGUUGUUUCAAUCUGCCUUGUGGAAAUUUGGUUUGAAUUAUAAAAUCAAGAAGAACGCUGGAGUUGGACCUCGCGUUAAACCAUGUUCUCGAAGAAAGUUCGUGAAAUUCUAAACUGGACGCAUUAUAGAGUAUUUUAUUUCGUCUUUUAUUGUGGUUACAUACCGUUUCUUUUGUAUUUUCCUCUUUACCUCAAGCAUAUUGGUCUGAAUGCUUUCCAAGUUGGAAUAAUCAGUGGUGUUCGUCCUUUAUUCCAAGGACUUGCAACACCACUUUUGAUAUCAAUUAGUGAUAGACUUAACUCACGAAAAAUCUUGUUCAUCUGUUCGUCUGUUAUUGCUAUCCUCAAGAUCCUAGGUUUAUUUCUCUUCCUAAGGCCAUCCAAGCAACGUUGUGUGAUGAACAGUGUAAAAUACACAAAUAAUACACGAAUACAAGUGAAGCGUUCUUAUGUUAUUGAGCACAAGUUGAGCAAAAGGGCAGUCAUGCUUCGUUGGCCAAUGGACACAUGGCAAUCUGGUAAUCUGGCAGCAAGAACGGGAGAAGAUCGCAAAGACAACUACUUAGUCAAAACGUUGCAGAGUAUGGCUUUUAAAAAUCGCGAUACAAGAAACUUUCUUCAUAGUGCUGAAAACAAGAGAGGAAAUAAAACCUUUUCAGUUGAACAUAACUUAGUAAUAACCAAUUCUUCGAUAGCUAAUGCAACGACGAGAGAUGUAGUCGAGUAUACGGUGUCUAAUGAUGAGGAAGAAGUUGCGAUUUUGUUUUACAGCGCAUUAAUUGUUGCUUUAAUUUCUGAUAUGUUUGAUGCAGCUCUUUUUACAUUGGUUGAUCAUUCUUGUCUGAAAAAUAAAGGUCAAAACUAUGGUGUAACUCGACUUUCUGGAACGAUUGGCUGGGGGCUAAUGUCUCCAAUUGUUGCCAUUGUAAUACAUGAAAACCAACGCGAAGUCUGUGGAAAGAUGACUGAUGCAUAUCAUUAUAUUUUUAUCUUUGCUUUAGUCCUUUCUAACAUCUCGUUGCUCGUUGGUUCACAUCUAACACUGGAUGGAAAUUUUGCUAAUUAUAAAAUCAAGAAGAUUGGUAGUCCUCGAUCUAAUUUUCAAUACGGCAUACUACUCAUGAUUUUUUCAUUUACAGGAUUCUGUAAUGGUUUUUUGUUGUCUUUUGUCAAUUGGUUCAUUGACAGUCUAGGUGGAAAUGCGAUCAUCAUGGGCUUAGCCACAUGGUGCAAGAGUGUUACUGAUGUUCUUCUUUUUUUCCUCCUGAGAAAACUCGUAGAAUUUGCAGGCUUUUCUUCCAUAAUUAGCAUCGGUCUAGUUGGCCAUAUUGCAGUGUUUGUGGUGUACUAUUUGGUUUCCAACCCGUGGAUCGUAAUUGCCAUUGAAGUGUUUCACGCGUUAUUCUAUGGAUUUCUAGUUUCAACAUGUUCAUACAUUCUUGAUUUGUACAUACCAGCUGGGGCAGAUUUUCAAUUACAAACUGUACUUCAUGGUGUAUAUUGGGGUAUUGGAUCAGGUUUGGGAGCAUUUUUGUCAGGGUUGCACAUCUAUCAUAAGGGAUUCAAAGAGACUUUUAUCACAUUCACGUGGCUGACCACUUCAGUGGCUUUUCUUUACGUUACUGUUGAAUUGUUUACGUUAAUUACUGACAUGAAAAUCGAUCUAAAUGAUGAAAAAACUGAUCCACCGUCCACGGGCUCAGAUGCUGACGUAAGUAGCGAAGGUGGCAGUAGUGAAAUUGGUGAAGAUUGAUUACUGACUGUUUUUCUUUAAAUUUGUUAUUAAAUUUUUUUACAAAUUUUCAUUUAUUUGUCCAUUCCAAAUUAAUGGACCGGUCACUUACCAUCCAUGACAUUGGACACCACAACAUUUAUAGUAAUCUCCUUUUCGUCAAUGGAUGAAGUCUGUUGUAACGGAAGAAAAUUAUUGAGAAACAACUUAAUAAUGGACAUAAUAAUGACUCUUAUUAAAUAGCCCUUUGUAAUUUCCCUACAGGUUUUUUUUUUGUUUUUUAAACUUAGGAUUUUAGAGAUGAAUAAGACGAUAAACUUUCUGACUUUUGCACUUUAUCUUUCUGCUGUAUAAACUUUCUAAUUAUAGAAUUUUUCUCGGAA